GGUGAGGAGAACGGCGGGCUCGAGGCUGCAAGCCCGGCGGGCCCGAGUGCGCUCGCGGCUGAAAUGUUCUUUGCGGAGCCAGAGUCUGGGUGUAUAUGAAUGCAGAUCCUCACCCAUUCCCAAAUAAAUCCAGGCAUCUCAACUGAGAGGAUCACUUCUCUGUAGGCCAUCACCUCAGGAGCAGCUCUGAUUUCUGCAGCUUGAGGAUUCCCUGGACACUCGCAUUUGUCAGUAAUGGUUCCCAGCAGUAAAAACGCUGAUGAAAUUAACAAAACUGCCUUCCAGAAGAAGUGCAGAAUGAGUACAUGUUGUUGGUGUACCCCAGGGGGUACUUCCACCACUGACUUCCUGCAACGCUAUGCAUCCAAGACCCGCUCCAGUGAAUUUCAGACAGCUGAUGAAGACCUCUGCUACUGCUUGGAGUGUGUGGCUGAAUACCACAAAGCAAGGGACGAAUUGCCGUUCUUACAUGAGGUUUUAUGGGAAUUAGAAACCUUACGUCUCAUAAAUCACUUUGAAAGAUCCAUGAAGGCAGAAAUUGGAGAUGAUGAUGAGUUAUAUAUAGUAGACAACAGCGGAGAGGCACAGCUGUUUGACUUCACUGGCCAAGACUUUGAAAAUAAGCUUCGAGUUCCUCUUCUUGAAAUACUGAAAUAUCCAUAUCUGCUUUUACAUGAGCAUGUCAAUGAAUUAUGUGUUGAAGCACUUUGCCGGAUGGAACAAGCUAAUUGCUCCUUUCAAGUUUUUGACAAACAUCCAGGGAUCUAUUUAUUUUUGGUUCAUCCCAAUGAAAUGGUUCGGCGUUGGGCUAUCCUGACUGCAAGAAACUUGGGGAAAGUGGAUAGAGAUGAUUACUAUGACUUACAGGAGGUUUUGACUUGCCUUUUUAAAGUUAUUGAGUUGGGACUUUUAGAAAACCCAGACAUUUAUACUUCUUCUGUCCUUGAGAAGGGUAAACUGGUUCUUCUGCCUUCACACAUGUAUGAUACUGCCAACUACAAAAACUAUUGGUUAGGUAUUUGCAUGCUGCUUACCAUUCUUGAGGAGCAAGCCAUGGAUUCACUGUUGUUGGGCUCAGAUAAACAGAAUGAUUUUAUGCAGUCAAUACUUCAUACCAUGGAGAGGCAAUCAAAUGAUGAUAGUGUGGAUCCUUUCUGGCCAGCGUUACACUGUUUCAUGGUGAUUCUGGAUCGCCUUGGAUCUAAGGUCUGGGGUCAACUUAUUGAUCCUAUUGAAGCAUUUCAAACCAUUAUUAACAACGUGAGCUACAAUAGAGAGAUCCAGAACAUACGGAAGAGCUCUAUGAGGACCAAGUUAGAACCGGAGUCAUAUUUGGAUGAUAUGGUGACUUGCAGCCAGAUUGUAUACAAUUAUAAUCCUGAAAAGACCAAAAAGGAUUCGGGGUGGAGAUCAGCCAUUUGCCCCGAUUAUUGUCCUAACAUGUAUGAAGAAAUGGAAACAUUAGCUAACGUGCUCCAGUCAGAUAUUGGUCAGGACAUGCGUGUUCAUAACAGCACAUUUCUGUGGUUCAUCCCUUUCGUGCAAUCCCUCAUGGACCUGAAGGAUCUGGGUGUGGCUUACAUAGUGGAGGUUAUUCACCAUCUGUACUCUGAAGUCAGAGAUGUUCUCAACCAGACAGACGCUGUGUGUGACAAAGUCACUGAGUUUUUCCUUCUGAUUUUGGUGUCCGUGAUUGAACUGCAUAGAAAUAAAAAAUGUCUACAUUUGCUGUGGGUUAGUUCCCAGCAGUGGGUGGAGGCUGUGGUGAAGUGUGCCAAGCUACCGACCACAGCGUUUGCACGGAGUUCCGAGAAGUCAUCUGGAAACUGUUCCAAAGGCACAGCAAUGAUAUCAUCCCUGUCACUGCAUUCAGUGCCCUCCAACUCUGUGCAGCUGGCUUGUGUGCAGCUGAUUAGAAGUCUCCUGAAAGAAGGCUAUCAGCUUGGGCAGCAGACUCUCUGUAAACGGUUCCAGGAUAAACUCAACUUAUUCCUGCGAGGGAAUUUAUCUUUAGGUUGGCAGUUGACUAGUCAGGAAACCCAUGAGCUACAGACUUGUUUAAAGCAAAUUAUUAGGAAUAUAAAAUUCAAAGUACCUCAGUUUAGCACUUCUGUGGAUCUGAAUCCUGCAUGUAAGACGCCUCCUGCAUCUUUUAAAGAAGAAAGUGAACAAAUAGGGAAGAAGUCUGAAAAAGAUGUGCACUGUCUGGAAAAUUCCAACUCAACAUCUUCUAAAGAACCAAUGAAAGCUGAUGCAUAUCAAGUGCAAGAGAGUAUUUUGAGCAAAGCAAAUAAUGCCAUAGAAGAGAGUAAAGAGCCAUGUUAUAUAAAAGAUUUGAAACUAGAAGGCCACCUCUCAGCUGAGUCAUGUUUGAAGCUGAGUAGUAAAAACCUUGCCUGUGAAAGAGUUCAAAAUCAAGUUAAAAUAAGUACAGGGAAAUAUAAGUCUGUAAAAGAGAAUUCCUCAUGUACCCCACAGAAUGGUACUUUAAGAAAUGGUUCAGAAAAAGUAUUUGACAGAGGAAUAAUAAUAUCAAGGCGCUUACUGACUGUUUCUAGCACGGAUUCUAUGGAAAAAGUGUCUGCCUCUAAUGAAGACUUCUCUUUAAAGGAUGAUGAUCUUGGCAAAAGCUCAAAAGCAAAAUCUAAGACACAUAAAGAUGGAGUCUGUGCUGAGUUGUCACAUGUAAUAAAAAAGCAACACAGGAAAAGUAUCAGUUUAGAGGAAAACCUGACUGUACCUAGCAUUGAGGGUUUCUAUUCAAAGAAAGAUAUAGGAGGUCAGAAAGGAGGUGGAAACAUAUGCACUCCUUCUUUAGUCCCUAAUGGUAUUCUGGAUGAUAAAAAUGGAGAACAAAAAUCUCAAAGCUGUUUAUUGCUGAGAAAGAAGGAAGUAAAGAAAGAAAAGUUAGAUAUUUUUUCUACCCCUGAAAACAGUUGUCAAGUACAGGAAUGUCAUGUUGAUACCAAAGAUUUGGUCGGUCUCACAGAAAUGACCAAUGCUUUCAUGACGAAAGCAUCUCCGUUUAAAGAGCCUGUGACUGGACAUGAAUUGAGAGAGAGGAAAAUUAGUAGGCGCAUUGAUCAAUUUUCUUCUAUAAGAGAACAGGACCUUAGCAGCAGUCCCCAGCCUGACACCUUAACAGAUUCUCAGGUAGAUAGAGACCUCCACAAAUUAUCUUUAAUGGCUCAAGCCAGUGUUACUAAGUUCCCAUCAGAUUCAACUCAAAAAAGUUUAUCCCAAAUACAAAGAAAAGUAAAAGAUGAGAAAAGAUGUUUCACAGCAAACCAAAAUAUCAGGGAAACCUGCCGUGGACAGGUUAUUAUUAUUUCAGAUUCCGAUGAUGAUGAUGAUGAGGAAAGAAUCCUGGGUUUGAAGAAACAAAUGAAAGAGAUCAAAGCAUGCAUUGAGAAAGAAUGUCCAGAGCAACAUACUUCAAUAGCUAACACAAAUGUGGAACAGAAGGUAUUAAUAAAGGAAGAAAAUCCAAUGUCCCUUUUGCAGUUUGAGGAAUCUGAUUCUCAGUUUUUUGAGUUUGAGACUCCAUGUGAAGUGUUUUCAGUUUGGCAUGAUCAGAAACCAGACAAGAAUUCAGCUCAAGAGAAUGAGAAAAAUCCAUGCUCGACUCCUGUGGGUGAUACUGCAAAUGAUUUGGGUUAUGAGACAGAUUAUGUAUCUGAAGAGGUCAUUAAAAAAGUAGUAGAGAACUUUGAAGAGCGCACAAAACCACGUAGUAGUAGUACUUCUGUUGAGGAAUUUUGUGAAAUUGAAGUUAAAAAUCCCAAGAGAAGACGGUAUGAAAAACCUAUAGCUGAAGAUACUCUAAGGCCUUCAUCUUCUGUCAAAAAUGAGGACCAGUCUGGUAUUCUUAACAAGGGGAAUCUGAGUAAAAAUGAUUUUAAAGGUGUAGACCCAAGAGCUACAGUUCCCAGUUCAAGUGUUCAGAGAAACGCUGCGGUUUCCCCAAAGAAGUCUCUUCCAAAGCCUCGCACGUAUUCCAGACCUGUCAGGAAAGUUCCAGUGGUUAAAGCUUCUAAGAAAUCCCCUUCAGAUACCAAGAAAGGACAGAGUAAAAGCUCCCAUUACAUAAGCUGUAGAACAACUCCUGCUAUUGUGCCGCCAAAGAAAUUUCGCCAGUGUCCCGAACCAACUUCAACGGUUGAGAAACUUGGCCUGAAAAAGGCUCCUCGUAGGGCGUUUGAAUUGUCCCAGCGAUCUUUAGAGUGUAUAGAUCAGCUACGUGACCAUGGCAGAUCUGUUGGAGUAGUGAAUACCCGGAAAAAGACAAAGUUAAUUUCUCCUCAGACUCUGUCUGUCAGAAAUAAUAAGAAACUGCUGACGAGUCAAGACCUUCAGUUGCAUAGGCAGAUGAGAUCCAAAUCACAACACAACAGACAAGGACGUUUUGAUUGUCGAAGUACAGAUAAGACACGAGCAGGGCCAUGUGCCGCACAGAGCUCUGCUGUGCCGGUGUCAAGUAAGUCAGAUUACAGUCAUCACGGAGGAGCCGAGGUGACUGCUAACAAUAAGGGAAAACAGUUACUAACAUGUCAGUCUUCUGAAACAGAACCCGUGAAAGCAAACCAGUGUAAUCCUGUCAUGGUAAAUGGAAGAACAGCAACAACUGAAGCCAUUGUUCCUACCUCAGAGGCCCUGUUAGGCAGAGGUGACCCAACAGUCCAUCAUUUAGAGGUGGCGACUUUGAAAGAGGGAGAGCCUGAAUUCAGCAGUGACAUAGAGGAGGAGGAUAUAUUCUUAACACAGCGUGACCCUGAAGACAUGGAUUUAUGUUCACAAAUUGAGGGAGAGUAUGAGAAACUCAUUGAAGUCAUUGAUGGAAAAGAUACCGUGCAGGGAGAGGAAGAGUGUGUGAGGCAGCCUCAGUCGGAAUCUUUGAGUAGCACAAAAUGUAAGUACAAAGAUGGUGUUGAAACUCUGAAAAACCCAGGUGAAUACUGCUCAAAACACUCAAAAACUAAAGCCACAGAUGAAGAUACAUUUCGUAAACCUGGCUUGCCUCUGUCUGCAUCAAAACGUUCGAGACCUUCCACGACCAAGGUUUUUAGUUCAAGCAGUACUUCACGGAUUGCUGGUCUCUCCAAGUCUUUGGAAAGUACCGCAUCCCUCCCAUCAUGUCUGAAAAAUAAGUCAAGUGGGGCACAGUCUGUUCUGAAAGGACCACAGCCACCCCUUCUGGUGUCUCUGAAGCCAGUGGCUGAAGUGAAAGGUCUGUGCAGUGUUUUCCCUGCUCAGACUUCAAAUAACUCCAACAGGCAAGUUUUGAGAGUUCCAUUUGGGGAAAGCAGAUCUUUUUUGACUUCCUCUCCAGUAAACAUUCUCACGUCGUCACAGUCCAUCUCUGAUACCUUUGUAAAAGAGGUCUUGAAGUGGAGAUACGAGAUGUUUGUGAACUUUGAUCAGUGUGGGCCCCCGUCGAGUCUGUGUCAGUCCAUUGCAAGACGGGUGCCUAUCAGGUUUCAAGACUGUGGAGAUUAUUUCAAUGUGUUUUUCCCUUUGAUGGUACUGAAUACUUUUGAAACAGUGGCACAGGAAUGGAUCAGCUCUCCAAACAAAGAGAAAUUCCAUCAGUUGCAUUUACGAAAAUUUCCUGGUGAUUAUAAAAAAUACUGGGAGUUUGUGGUUUAUCUUGAGGAAAGUGAACUAGCUAAACAGCUUCAUCCAAGGGAAAAUGAUUUGGUGUUUUUGGUUCCUGAAAGACUCAAUGAGGAGAAGAAAGAUUUAGAGUGGAGUCACCUGGAGGAUGCCUGUGAAUAUUACUGUGGCUAUGUUCAUAAAUUCCGCCGUACUUCAGUCAUGCAUAAUGGGAAAUCUGAGUGUUUGGUUUCCAUCCAGACUCAAGAUAAUUUACCAGUCAAUUUAAAUGAACUCGUGAAAUGCUUUGUAAUCAGCUCUCUGGUGACUACACAAAGGAAGUUGAAAGCCAUGUCUUUGCUGAGUGGUCGGAACCAACUGGCCAGAGCCAUUCUGAAUCCAAACCCCAUGGACUUCUGUACAAAAGAUUUACUAACUACAACAUCUGAGAGAAUUGUUGCCUACUUAAAAGAUUUCAAUGAAGACCAGAAGAAAGCGAUAGAAACUGCAUAUGCCAUGGUGAAACACUCCCCAUCAGUUGCCAAGAUCUGUCUGAUUCAUGGACCACCUGGAACAGGAAAAUCAAAAACCAUUGUUGGCAUCCUGUACCGCCUGCUGACCGAGAACCAAAGGAGGGGGCAUUCAGAUGAAAACUCCAAUGCCAAAAUCAAGCAAAACCGUGUCCUCGUAUGUGCACCUUCCAAUGCAGCUGUUGAUGAACUUAUGAAAAAAAUUAUCCUUGAAUUCAAAGAAAAGUGUAAAGACAAGAAGAAUCCAAUGGGAAACUGUGGAGAUAUAAACUUAGUACGUCUAGGUCCAGAAAAGUCUAUUAAUAAUGAGGUCCUAAGAUUCAGUUUGGACAGUCAAGUUAACCACAGAAUGAAAAAAGACUUACCGUCUCAUGUUCAGGAGAUGCACAAAAGAAAGGAAUUUCUCGAUCGUCAACUUGAUGAACUUUCCCGCCAGCGUGCUUUAUGCCGAGGUGGAAGGGAAUCGCAGAGGCAAGAAUUAGAUGGAAAAAUUGCCAGAGUUUCAAAAGAAAGGCAGGAGCUUGCUUCUAAAAUUAAAGAGGUUCAAGGACGCCCACAGAAGACACAGAGCAUCAUCAUCUUAGAGUCGCACAUCAUUUGCUGCACGCUGAGCACGAGUGGUGGCCUGCUGCUCGAGGCUGCUUUCCGCGGGCAGGGGGGUGUCCCCUUCAGCUGCGUCAUCGUUGAUGAGGCUGGACAGUCCUGUGAAGUUGAAACUCUUACUCCGCUCAUCCAUCGUUGCAACAAGCUUGUCCUCGUAGGAGACCCUAAGCAGCUCCCUCCCACAGUCAUUUCCGUGAAGGCACAGGACUAUGGCUAUGACCAGUCAAUGAUGGCCCGCUUCCACAAGCUCCUGGAGGAGAGUGUGGAGCACAACAUGAUUGGCAGGCUGCCUGUCUUACAGCUCACCAUCCAGUACAGGAUGCACCCGGACAUAUGCCUCUUUCCUUCUAGUUAUGUUUAUGACGGAACCUUGAAAACAAAUAGAGGGACAGAGACCAGUCGGUGCUCAUCUGACUGGCCAUUUCAACCCUACCUCGUGUUUGAUGUUGGAGAUGGCUUAGAAAGACGGGAUAAUGACUCAUAUGUAAAUGUUCAAGAGAUAAAACUGGUAAUGGAACUAAUUAAACUUAUUAAAGACAAAAGAAGGGACAUUAAUUUCCGAAACAUUGGCAUAAUAACCCAUUACAAGGCUCAGAAGACGAUGAUUCAGAAGGAUUUGGACAAAGAGUUUGAUAGAAAAGGGGCAGCAGAAGUAGAUACCGUGGAUGCCUUCCAGGGUCGUCAGAAAGACUGUGUUAUUGUUACAUGCGUCAGAGCAAAUGCCACACAAGGCUCAAUUGGAUUUCUGGCAAGUUUGCAGAGAUUGAAUGUCACCAUCACACGAGCCAAGUACAGCCUCUUCAUCCUGGGACACUUGAGAACCCUAGUGGAAAAUAGGCAUUGGUAUCACCUGAUUCAAGAUGCACAGAAACGUGGCGCCAUUAUUAAGACUUGCGACAAGAACUACAGACACGAUGCAAUGAAGAUCCUGAAGCUCAAACCAUUGCUUCAGAGGAGCCUUACUCACCCUCCUGCUGUUGCUCCAGAGGCAUCCAGACCCCAGGGUGGCCUACCCAGCAGCAAGCAAGAUGGUGAACUCAGCAAGACAUCUUUUGCUUCUUCCCUGUACCACUCACCCUCUGAUUCCAAAGAAGCCACAGUCACUGAGGCUGCAAAGGAUCCUGAAAGGCCACCCACUCAGGACCGGCUUCGGGACCCAAGACUGCUGCGGAGGAUGGGCUUAGCCUUCGAUGCCCAAGGAAUAAGCCUCAGGGAGCCGCAGCCCUUGAGCCCCCAGCAUUCCGGAGCAGCGCCUCCGUCAAGCGCGCCAGGCUGCCCUGGGAGUCCCCAGGAGCCAUGCUCCGUCAGGCAGCAGGGAGUCACCCUGAACAGCCACAUGCCUCACACGCAGUGCGACUCUCCAGCUGCUGGUACUGACACUUCCACAAGCAAAAAGAAGUGUGACCAGGAAGAGGGGGUGCUCGGCCGCAGGAGAGAGACCAGGGCCUUGAGUGAAGGGGAUCAGGAGUGGUGGGCGAGCUCCCACACAAAGAGAAACUCAGACUGGGAUGAGAGGGGCCUGGAGGAGGACAGCCACUCAAAGAAGAGACGGGUUUUAUAGUAUAGCCAAACAGCAGAGGCUGUUAGCCACAACCAUUGCUGCAGACCUCUGAUGACCAACUAACAGGCUUGUCCAGAUAAGACUGCUUUUUUCCUUAUAGGAGUUUGUUGUUGGAAAACAAAAUGUAUUAUAACACAUGGGCCUCUUGGUCCUUUUUGUCAGUUGUAAAAGCUUUCAGAGGACAUUUGUGUAUCAGUAAUUAUGUCUUUGAAGUAGGAGGCUUGCAGUGUUGAUCUCUUGUUCUUGUAGAAAAGGAGGGCAGCCUGGAGAGGUUGUAGAAGUUGGAAUGUAUAUUUGUAUAGCAAAUAACAAAAUCCUUUUAAAAUUUAA